UUUCUUUCGCUGCUAUGCACCUUUUCUCUUUAAAAAAAAAACGUUACUACGGGGCACUUUAACGAUGGCCAAUACGAAAGGUUGCUUAACUUCAAAGAAACUAAAAAAAUGCAACACAAUGCUGGAGCCUUGUAGUGUCAAAUAGACUUUUAGAUAUGGAACAGUUGAUUUUGUUUAUUUUUUAACAAAAUGCUUAUGUUGGGGAAAACCCGGAAACAAGAAUGGAAUUUUGGGGUUAUUCAACAAGGUUGAAUCUUUAAUAGUAGGUCAAUAUAGUUUUAUCCUAGAAUUUUACAAUGUGUUACCCAUUAACGUAUAUUAUGUAUAUUUUAUUCAAAACAAUACACAAAAUGUGUAUUUAGGGGGUAGCUUUGUUCUACUUUCUGUAAUUGUGCCAUGCUUUCAACUACCUUUUUAUUCUUCGUUCAAUUGGACUUGUUCAUUAUGAACUAUACAAAUGUGGAAUGUUUUGACGUUAAAAGUAAACAGCUGACGGUAAUAUGAGAUCUAUUAAUGCUGCCAAGGGUGUAGUAAAGUAACUUGUUGAUUAUUUUCGUGAAAAUUGUUAUUUAUUAAAAUAUGAUGCUGGAUGUGUAUUGGCUAUGAUAGUAGAAAUAAUACAUAGCAAAAUCUAACGUAAACCACCAAAGAUAUAUAUAAAGGAGGCGUGAUAGAAUGUCGGCAAAUUAUACGCGAGAUACGGAACUGAGAAAUGUACAAUCAAACGAUUUGUACCAAUUGGCCGUCAUUUUAGAUGAUAACAACUAUUGGCAAAAAUUGAUGGAAAGCAUACCAAAAACUAUAAAUAAUAAACUCUAUGGUCCAUCAUGUAACAUCUAUGAUGAUGUGUACUCCAGUGCUCCCCUAGCUAUCAGUGAAAGAAAAUACAACAAUGAUCAUAUACGUCUUAUACAAAAUGCCUAUAAACGGACAGGAGAAUUGUGUGCCGAGUUGUUGUUUGAUGAGUGGGGUACUUCUGGACGAAAACAUGAACGCCCUACCCUAGGCUUACUAUUAUAUUUACUUGUAAAAGCUCAUUUGUUUCGUGGCGCUGAUUAUGUAGCAGAAACAUUACUAAAAGAGGAAAAACCUCCAAGGCCAAUAGAGGGUCCGGCCGCCGAAAUUUCUUGUGGAUUUCCUUCUUCAAUAUUUGCCAACGUUAAGGAUAUUGUAGAGGACAGCCAAUAUUAUCCUGGCACUGAAUUGCUACAACAGAAUGCCAAUUUUGAGAGUAGUACAAUGGACAACAAUAAAGAUUACUAUACUAAAUAUAAGGGCCCAAUUGAUAAAUAUUUUGCACCAUCAUUUUCUUCUAACAACGAUAACGCUGAGGCCCCAAAACCACCCCCACGAUUGUUACGAUCAGCAAGGCUGAUGAAGCAACAAAUGCUACAAAAUACUCAGCCUCGGCAACCUGAAAACACUGAGCCAACAGCCACUUUGACAAAUCAACGUGAAGCGAAUUCUAUUGAAACAUCGAAUGGUGAAGCCUCGUCAAUAACAACAGAUAAUUUGCCGAAUUUUUCCUUACUAAUGAAGUCCUCCAACAGCAUUAGAAACGAUUCUACUCCGAAAUUAAGCUUUUUAAUUGGAAAUUCGGUCAUUUUAUCUCAGUCAACUGAUGAAAACAAUGGCAUACAUAUUCCAGAUACACGUAGCACAGAAGCCUGUUUACCCUCCAAUGAUAUUGAUGAUGUGCAAACAAGUCAAGACCUGCCAGCAAUAAGCGCCUUAAAUUUAAAUGGCGAAAGAGACGUAUCCCAUGAUGUGAAUAACUUGGAGGAUGAUGUGCCAUCGGUGGCAUUAAAUUUUUAUGCCAACAGUCCAAUAAACUCUAGAAGCAUUGAUAUAGCAUCUAACGAAGUACCCUGUGUGGUAGAAUCCAUGGGCCAUGAGAUGAAUACACAACUUUCAGAAAUUGAUAACGAGACUGACAAUUCGGACGACGACGAUAUUGAUGAUGACGACGCGGAUGUGCCAAAUUUAAGCAUUUUUAAUGAUUCCAGUUUAACGAGUGUAACCAACACAAGUGCAGAAAAUAGCUUCGAGCAGAACAAUGAUAGCAGGCCAACAUCAGCUGAUAACAUUCCACCUAUACAUUCCGAAUGCAUUCCGACUCUAAAUUGACUUGUAAUAAAAACUCAACAAUUGUGUUAGUAUUUUUUCAUUAAAUCUCAAAAACUACCUGAUAGUCUGUUAUAGUAUGUUAUUUAAAUUGCAAAUUAACAAUUAUUCCAUCUUAUCAUUGUGUAAAAUAUUCAAUCAAUCUUACGUGCUUAUGCGAUAUAUAUUACAAACUAUAUUAUGUUAACGUACAAUUUUAUAAUUUUAUAUUUGGUCCUAAUUUUUAACGAAAGUAUACAUGUAUACUUAUAAAACAUUUUAUUUGUUAAGAGAGACAAAAAAUAUAAGAGCUCACAUUAAAAAUAAAUAAAAGUUUGAACAAGUACAAAAAUAUAAAUGUUUAAAGUCCACAUAAUAAAAUUAGGGCAGUUUGAAGACCGUUUUCUCAAAACAAUUUUUCGCUGACUUCUACCGCCAUAGUUUUUGUGAUUGCUUCUGCCUGAUUUCAAUCAAAAGUGCAAUAAAAACAAUGGACUCAAACCAGGAUUGUUAAUAAACGUACGUGUCAUCUGAACUUAUUAGGAUAUAUAAAACUUAUAUUUAUAUACAUAAAAAAUACAAGUAAUAAUAAUUAUACAUUAAUAGCCUGA